AUGACGGUCGUGGAGGCAGCAAAAGCAGUCACAGCCUACUUUAUGCGUUCAACGCGUAAAGAAUGGCUUGACUACUUCAUGUCAACUCAUUUUUGGGGUCCACUCGCCAACUGGGGACUACCGUUGGCAGCGAUUGCUGAUAUCAAGAAGGAUCCGGAACAAAUUUCUGGUUCGAUGACUCCAGCAAUGAUAUUGUACUCAUCAGUAUGUAUGCGAUUUGCAUGGCACGUAAUACCACGAAACACC